AUGCGGCGGGUUCCCGCCGGGCUGUUGACGCUCGUUUUGGCCGCCAGCCUGUGCUCCACGAGCCAUGCAAAUGCCUUGUUUCCCACUCCUUCCGAAACAAGCUUUGGCGCCGGCGCCUUCCGCCGGCCCAUCGCCGCCUCCUCCACCUGUGACGCCGUUGACUUUUGCGCGGACGACAACGUCUGCGUGACUUGUAAUGGGACCUGCCUCUAUGGCGUUGAUCCGGACAUUUCCCCUUUUACCUACUCUCUCAUUGGCCAGCCACAAUGCUUGUGUCCGGCCGAGUACCCGAUCAUCGUCAACACGUCUGCCUGCUGUGUGAGCGCAGCCGGUGCAUCGUGUGUGGCGCGCCUCUCGGCUGAUGCACAUCCUGCAACGCUUGCCAAUGACGCCAGCUCGAGCACCUACUUUCAAUCGGCACAGAAUGAAGCCACCGUCAAUGUUACGAUCGACCUCCUCCUCAGCCAGGAGGUGAUCGAGACCACCAUCACAUUUGCGCGUCAAGUUCCCAUUGCGUUGUCAAUCGAACGCUCGAGUGACGGCGAAACGUUUACGCCUUAUCAGUAUUUUGCCGAGGAUUGCAGCACCUACAGCAUGGCUAACAACGCUGCUAUCACAUCAACCACUCAGGUUGUCUGCUCAACCAAUGGUAUUAGUCCCCGCACGAGUAGUUUGACAUUUACAACCAUUCCUCGUGCCCGCCUUGAUGCCGCUGGUGUCAGCACGUACUACAACUCGGCCGACCUGGUACAAUUUAUCCGCGCACGCUACUUGCGCUUUGCCUUCAAGCAAUACUACACCAGUGAUACUGCUGUCGACCAGUUUGGUCAGCCCAUCGCCACCGAGCCCUUUUAUCGUGUGGAGAAUAUUCGUCUGCUCUCUCGAGCAGACUGCAACGGCCAUGCCUCGAGUGUCGUGGUGGAUGCUGAGACACCCAUGACGGUCGCCGCGUACGGCUCUUACCAGCCCAACAUGUGCGACUGUCAGCACAAUACUCAAGGCACAAGUUGCGAUGAAUGCCAGCCGCUUUACCACGGCAAGCCCUGGGCUCGAGGCCUCGGUUCGAGUCCCAACGAGUGUGUGGCCUGUGAGUGCAACGGUCACGCAGACGCCUGUGUCUACGACGCCGCGCUAGAUUCCAACCCCUCAUCCAGGACGCAGGGGAACGGGGGCCGGUGCUUGGAUUGUCAACACCACACGACUGGGCCCAACUGUGAUCGCUGCGCUGCUGGGUUUUAUCGCAACCCAGCCGCCGACAUUACGGCCCCAGAUGCUUGUCUGCCCUGCGGGUGCUACGAGUUUGGUGUCACGGAUGGUAACCUGACGUGUGAUGUCGAAACUGGCCAAUGCCAGUGCGUUGAUAACGCGGCCGGUCGAACCUGCGAUUCAUGCGCCCUGGGCUACUUUGGCCUCAACGGUGCAGAUGAUGCCGCAUGCGUCUCCUGCGAUUGCAACAAUGUUGGCACGCUGUCUGGCCAGCUCUUGGCUUGUGACAACCGUACUGGGCAAUCUUGUGACUCGGAGUGCGAGUCAUGCUACGGUCCCGGUGCUAGUCAAUGCAAUGCUUGCUACAACGUAUUGGCCCUGGAUGGCUCAUGCCAGGCCGAUUGCCCGGCCGGCUCAUACAACGACUCCAACGUGUGCAAGAGCUGUCACGCCCAGUGUGGUGAGGCUGGGUGCACCGGUCCCAAUGCCAACCAAUGCUUGGAAUGUGCCAACUACGUCACCGUGAAUGGAACCUGCAUUGCCGCCUGCGCGGCUGAAUUUUAUGUUGCUGCUGGUCGCACUUGUCGUGCUUGUGAUCCGCUGUGCACGGUGUGCAGUGGGCCGAAUGCCAACCAGUGCUCAGCGUGCUCUGCUUUUCGCGACGGAGACACCUGUGUUGCAGAGUGCCCCAUUCAUAAAUACGCCGAUGCCAACAACUUGUGCCAGCCGUGUAGCUCGCAGUGCGAUUUGGCAGCCGGCUGCUCUGGGCCCAAUCCGAGCCAGUGCAAGAAGUGCGCCGUCAUCUUUGAUACCCAAACUGGCCAAUGUAGCGAUGCCUGUCCAGCAUUGUACUACAAUGAUACCACUACCAGUCCCAUCAACGACGAGUGUCGCCCUUGUUCCAGCCUUUGUGACCACGGUUGCGACGGGCCAACGGCAUCCGAUUGUAUUGGAGAUUGUGCUGUAGUGAGGUACAACGAGCAGUGCCUCAACGUGUGCCCCUCCAACACCUACAAUCGAAAUGGUGUCUGUCUCGAUUGUCACGACACCUGUCACGCUGACUUUGGCUGCUACGGCCCACGCGCAGAUCAAUGCAACACGUGCUCCGACAACACGAUCCUGUUCAAUGAGACCUGCGUGUAUGCCUGCCCGACCGGCUACUUUCGCGACCCCUCUGAUACAUGCCAACCCUGUCACUCGACGUGCGAUGCCUGCUGGGGCGGUCUGUCCACGCAGUGCUCUCACUGCAAGGCGCUCGCGUACGGAAAUCGUUGUGUGGCAACCUGUCCCGUCAUGACCUUUUCCAUCAGCCGCUCUCAGGCAUUGGACGAGAAUCUCAUCACCGAAGAGGACGAAGACGACGACGGCACUAACGACACGGGCUCAGGCGCCAUCGUGUUUGAUAACCUGUCGGAUUUUGUCUGCCUGGAUUGUCAUGCCCAGUGUGAGACUGGAUGCACCGGGCCUGAAGCGCACGAGUGCUCCGCCUGUCGCAACGUGGAAUACAACGGCGUGUGUAUGGCCUCGUGUCCAGCCAUGACGGUUGAGGUCAUCUCCGACAACACGCGCCAAUGCGUGGAUUGUGACACGCAGUGCCUUGGCGGCUGCUGGGGUGAGGGGCCUCACCAAUGCGACGCCUGCCGCAACGUCAACUACGGCUCUACCUGCUUGGAAGCGUGUCCCAGCGACUCUUAUCGCAACGGCACGACUUGCCUCGAUUGCCAUGCCGAGUGCUCGACCACCGUGCCUGGCUGCACCGGCCCGACCGUCAGUGACUGCUAUCGCUGUGAGCACGUCUACAUUGUUGCCAAGGACGAAUGUGCAGCCUCCUGCCCCUAUGGUACUUUCCGCGAUCCCGAUAACAACUGUCAGGUGUGCAAUGAACAGUGCAACGGUUGCACUGGUGCUGGGCCAAAUAAUUGCAUUGGCUGUCGGGGUCUCAAGUACGAUGGCGUGUGCUUGGAGGAGUGUCCCCGAGGCACCGCCAACCCCAGUAACUCGACCAACUGCGAGCGCUGCCACGUCGAAUGUGCCUUUGACUGUUAUGGACCGGGCGCAACGCAGUGCAUCGCUGAUCCGGCUGGGAACACAUCAGCCUGCAGUCACUACGAGUACCACUCUGAAGAUGGCAUUGUUUGCGUGGCCGGCUGCGAUCAGAGUAUCAGCUACCUGGAUACAGUCGAUGCGGCUUGUUACCUGUGCCACCCCCAGUGCGCCGAGCAAGGCUGCAGCGGUCCGCUGGCAUCUGACUGCAACACCUGUACGCACUACCGCCUUGGAGCUACCUGUGUCAGCACCUGCCCGCCGUCACACUAUGCGGACAGCGAACGGGUUUGUCAGCCGUGCCACGCCGAGUGUACUGCCGAGGCUGGUAUUCGUCAGUGUGGCGGGCCCACGGCCAGCGAUUGCACCGCAUGUGCCAACGUUAUGGACAACGGUGUCUGCCGACCCUCCUGUCGCAGCACAAGCGUCGCCAUUGAUGCCACGUGCUACGAGUGUCACGCUCAGUGUGAGGAGGGCUGCUUUGGGACGCUUGCUACCGAGUGCUAUGCCUGUGCCAAUUGGGAGCUGGACGGCCAGUGCAUCGCCUCCUGCCCGACUGAACGUACCUUCCCCAAUUCGGACGACGUUCAGUGUGAAGCUUGCAACGCGCAAUGCGUUGUCAGCUCUACACUCUUGACCAGCCGCCCAGCGUGCUCCUCCGGCACGGGGCCGGACGACUGCACCAUUUGCCUGCAUGUGCGUCAAGAUGGCACGUGUUUGACCAACUGCUCACGCAGCCGCUAUGUGGAUCAAACCGACCUCAGCACUGCUCUCGGGGGCGUGUGCCGCGCCUGUCAUUCGUCCUGUGCCGCCGAGUCGGGUUGCUUUGGACCCAGCGCAGAUCAGUGCAAUGACUGUCGCAACGUCUACGACUCGACUACUGCACGGUGCACCUCAAGUUGCCCCAGCUUCACCUACCAGUCGGAACGCGUCUGCCUGGCCUGUGACAGCACCUGCCGCACCGGCUGCACGGGUGCAGGCCCCACCAUGUGCUUGCCACAGCUAGGCGCGACCGUCACCACUGCCGCCACCUUGGGUUGCAAAAACGUUUCCAUUCUUCUCGAUGAUCAAAUGGCCAUGUGCAUGGUCGACUGCCCUGUUGGCACUUAUGCCGACGCCCGUAAUCUUUGCCAACCAUGCUCCAGUGCCUGCGCUUCUACCUUGGGCUGCACGGGCCCUUCAGAGCACGAGUGUCUGGCUUGCCCUAGCAAUCAGUUUGUCAACGGCAGCCGCCUCUGCGAACGCUGUUCCUCCCAGUGCGUGGACGGAUGUAGUGGCCCAACCGCGGCCGACUGCUUUGAGUGCCGAGGUGCGCGAUAUGAUGGUACCUGUGUCCCCACCUGUAAUGGGCUCAACACGGACACGACCAGCUUUUUCGAGUCAACGGACGCUGCCUCGGGCGAAGCCCAAUGCCUGCAAUGCCAUGCCCAGUGCGUCAAUGGCGACAACGCUUGUGAUGGCACCACCGCUGGCGAUUGUCUGCUGGGCUGCCAAAACUUUGUUCACGGGCUGACGGGCGCGUGUUUGGCGCAGUGCUCCUCCAACAGCUUCAUCUCGGAUAACCCUUACCCCAACACAUGCACGCCCUGCAAUGCCCUGUGUACCGGCGGGUGCCGCGGCGCAGGAGCCAACAACUGUGUGGACUGCACGUUUGCUUACGACAAUUCGGUCGGUGCUUGUGUUUCGGCCUGCCCUGGCGUGAGCACCCGCAAUGCGGAUAGUGUCUGUGAGUGUCCAGCUGAGAGCGCCUUCCGGGCCUCCAACGGAAGUUGCCUUGCCUGUAACAUCGAGUGUGCUGCUGGCUGCACCGGUCCCGGUCCCAAUCAGUGUGCCGACAUUCCCACUGAUUGCCGAGUUGCCGCCCUGGUGGACACUUGCGUUGCGGCUUGCCCGGCAGGCAUGCGCAUUGGCGCCAGCAACAUGUGCGAGUGCAGAGACAAUCACUACAUUAACGUGGAUGGCGAUGGGUGCAGCGUGUGCGACGAGCAGUGCUUUGACGGCUGCACAGGCCCCUUGCCCUCACAGUGCACUGGGACUUGUCGCAAUGUGCGCUCGGGCAACACGUGUGUGGCCACCUGUCCUGACAUGGAGGCACCCGAUGCAGACAAUGUGUGUGGUGCCUGUGCGGCGGCCUGUGCCGAGGGGUGUGCAGCCCCGGCCGAUGCCACCCAAUGUACUAGCUGUGCCCUGUAUCAAGACGGAGAUUCGUGCGUGGAGGAUUGCCCCGAAGAACGAUCCUUCUUGGACCAGGGCAUGUGUGUGGCUGCCUGCCCCGAGGCACGUCCGUACUACAACGACACACGACUCGACGGCACGGAGGCAUUGGGCAUGCCGCAGCGUUGCGUUUCUUCCUGCGCGGCUCUCAACAACAACGACCGCCUGAGCAUCAACACAGCGUACCCUUACCGUUGCUCGAGCGAAUCGCGCGUGCUGGCCGAGGCCUCCACAUCGGGCGAAAAUGCGGACGCCGGUCUUAUUGCGGCCGUUGUGUGUGGCGCCAUCCUUUUUAUUCUUAUUGUCAUCAUUGUCGUUGUGUUGGUGAUGCGCUCGCGAUCUGGCUCGGUGGCGAUUGCUCAGCCGCCUGCCACGCCUGCGCCGCCGCCCUCCAAGAGCGCCUAUAGCUCAGUCUAUGACCCCAACGCUCGCGUGCAUCAAAACGCCAUGUACAUGCCUUCCCCGAACAAGGGACAUGACACGUAUGCUUUCCACCCCACAGAUGACUACAUGACCCCGGACAUGAACAUUAACGGCGACGCGGGCUCUUACAUGGAAGUCACGCCGAGCCGCGGCUCAAUCAACGCCUACAACCUGGAUGACAGCAACACCUUUGAUGAAGACGACAUGGCUUACGCCAUGGGCACGGGCACGCAAUCCACGCGCAUGUAG